UCAGUUGACGUAUUCGUUUUGAAAACGAAAGUUGAAAAGUGAAUUCAAUCAAAACAAAAAUAUUGAUCUUGUUGCUUCGCAAAACCAUCUUUAUGUAGUGUGCAGAAAAAAUCUUGUAAACUUUUUCGAUAUGAGCUAUGAAGAAAGAAAAAAUGCUCUUUUCGCCAGUUUGGAAACAGCGGAACGAGAAAUUCCCGUUGGGUCAAUCUUACACCAGCAGGACUUUAGUCACGAUCGAAGAGUAUCGAUCAAUGAAGAUCGACAAGACCACCAGCGUUCAGCUUCAAAGUCAAUUAAAAAAUUUCGCGGACGAGAAAGUAUCUUUAAGCGACCGGCUCUUCCGAUAAACCGAUGUCUACCCACUUCGCGUGUUCCGGAUUUCAAAAAAAAUCCUCACAAAUGGACCAAGUAUUCUCUGGAGGAUGUGGACAUCAGUGACCGGACUAACACAGCGGCUGCGUUCAGUUUUUUGCGGGAGAUGGAAACACAAAAGCAGGAAGACGAAAAAAUGGCUGAAGAAGUUUCAAGUGGAGGAUCCACCAGCUUUCGUGGUAAAGUACGAUUCAAUCGCAGUUUGAAAUUGAAAUCUCAUCUCGAGGAAGAGGACGAACCGUCGCAGUCGAAAGAUGACACUCCGAAAGUUAAGGGGUCAAAGGUGCUCAUGCCGGAAUACGUGGUGGGACAAAAGAUCAAAAAGACCAAGUCUGUUAGGCUUGGAACUGCUACGUCAAAGAGAGACAGAAGCAAGGAGUUAAAGUUGGAUCAUUUAUUGGAAGAGGAAGGUGACUCGGGAGAUUGAAGAUGUUUCGAGAGUCGGCGAUAUGAUUUAUAAUAAGUUAAUUAUAUAUGUUCAUAACCUACUUGCUAUUGGAAAGGUAUCAAUAAUAGACCAUAA